AUGGCUGCCCCAGGAUUCAAAGCAGCCAAAGAUCGUAUCACACUCCUCUUGGGUGGUAAUGCAGAAGGUGAAUUUAAACUCAAACUUCUCGCUGUAUAUCACUCUGAGAAUCCUAGAGCAUUCAAAGCGUUAAAGGAAUACUGUGCCAAGAAAAACAUAACACACAAGGCACUGCUUAUAUUAGAUAAUGCUCCAGGCCAUCCAGCUCACCUAAAUGAAUUGUCUGAACAUGUACCAGUCAUUUUUCUUCCACUGAAUACCAUGUCCAUGCUUCAACCUAUGGACCAAGGCGUUAUCUCAUCAUUUAAGGCCUAUUAUUUACGCCGUGCUAUGUCUCAACUGAUUGGAGAAACAGAUGAUGCUGGAAAGCCGUCCAUAAAAGAAUUUUGGCGUGGAUAUCAUAUUCUAAAAGCUGUUAAAAACACUGGACAGUCAUGGAAGGAAGUAACAGACGACAACAUGAAUGGUGUGUGGAGAAAAUUGUGGCUGGAAUGUGUAAGAACCCUUAAAGGCAUUGAGGAAACCAUGCCAAACAUUCAAAGAAAUAUUGUUGAGCUUGCCAAGCACAUGGUAGGAUUUGAAGAAGUUGAUGAAGAGAAUGUUCAGGAGCUGUUAAACAGUCAUGGAGAAGACCUAACCAACGAAGAACUUAUACAUCUUGAACAAGAACAACACGACCGGACCACAAACACAUCCACAGAUAUCCCUACAUCAUCUCACAAGUGGAUGUGA